UAGUUGUUUUCAUUUAUUUUAUUUUACCUACGUGACUUUACCGAAAAAAACAAAGCGUAUGAAUCCUUGCAGUCACGAAAGCUUCAAAUCUAGAACAUACAUACAUAUUAACUUAUAAACACGCGCAUGACCCCAGUGAAUUUAUUGUUAACUUAAAAAACAAUGUUGAUAAAUUAUUGUAUGCAUCGUUACACCCCUAAUAAUCACGUUUAACCUUAAAUAUUGCCACUCAAAGUUUAAUCUCGGGGGUACGAAUGAAUGUGGUGGGGUGUUGUCUUCGACUGGGGUUAAUUCCAGUGUUGAGUUACUGACUCCCAUCUCCUGAGCGUUGGGGUUCAAGACCUUCGUGGGUCAGAUAUAAAUUGUCCUGACCCCUUUUGGGUAAAACACAGAAAAGCCGUGUGCGGUGACUGGCUCGGUCUCGGGCCCAUCCACCGAUGAUUGCUCGCGGGGAAAAAAAAUAACAACCCCCAGCUUAAAAUUGGUGUUUGGCCCACCGGUUGGCCCGUGCCGCUCGCCCCUGAAGUGGUGUCCCAAAUAAGCGGAAGAGCGAGUGGCUCGCUAUAAUGGGAAGGUUUGCAAGUUCAAAUCCUGUUAGGAGGUCAACUCGGUACCAAGUUGUCCUACGGAGAGACCUGUCCCCUCCCCCCCCCCCCGCCCCCCCGCGACCAUAGGAACGUGGAAUUUCAACCACUGGCUCCGCUAGCUGUAAACAGCAGAUGCGCGUUACCUCAUCCUCGGCGGUUGGGCGCCCGCGCUAAAGAGAUUUUCCAUCUGGAGGGAUUUUACAAACGAAUUAUUUUGUCAAAUGUAUUCAAAUUAUGCCGCGUAAAAUAAACCGUCAGCGGUGGAUUUCAAAGGGGCACACGUGCACUCUGGUAACGCGGGAGUGCGGUUGGUGAAUCAUUCAGAGAUGGAGUUGAUGUGCCUCAGAGGCACGCGCAUAGGACGGGCAGUACAGGAAGUAGGUGCAGACCUACAUGUACGAAACGUACGGGUUGAGCUUUGGUCAUGUCGUUUUCUGUCCAGAGCUUAAAAUUUGACGUCUUAAAAGGAAAUGGCCAAACUUCUCAUGCAGGACGUUCCUAAAAUACUCAAGAGAUGAAUUAAAGUACCUUUUUUUAUUUUACCUUUGCAAAAGAGGCAGUGGUGUUCCAUGUGUCCCUAUGGGUUAAUUUGAUUGAAGGAUACAGUAACAUAUAUAUAUGCAGUGCCUAAACACAGCAAUCUAAAUGUCUAUUUCUAUCUGUACUGUACAUGCCACCACCUACUGAUUGCUUAGUUAAUCUUAACAAUUAGCAAUUCCCAUUAUGCUCACGGAAGGUGAUGCAGAGAGAGUUGUUAUUUUUUUUUCCACCCUUCCUCCGCCCACGACCUUAUUAUCUCUUGUGCUAAUGCAGCCCUCCACUGGCCACUUAGUUAAUUUUAACAAUUAGCAUUUCUACAGCUCCGACAGUGGUGCAGAUUCCAGGCAUUCUGCGAGCGCUCCCCCGCAGUUGCUGUGGAACCGCUGACGGAUUGCACUCCGAUCGCACUCGCAGAUCGUUGCCGUCACCGUCACCUCCCAUGGUUUCUCCACUGCUGGACGAAGGGCUUCCUCGCUGCUCCAUCUCCCUCUUUGUUGACCCCUCUCGGCUGCGAAUGCCUCCGCUGCGUUCGUAUUCGGUCAACGAUUUUCGUCCGUCAGCCAUCGUCUCGGCUCGAGACGUGUCCUGGCUAAGUCCCGCUUGCUUUAUUUAACACUCACGAGAAUGCCCCUAAUUUGCAUUUGUUCCCUGAUUCGUGCGUUCCGCUUUUCCCCCCCUCUAAGUGUAAUUCUCAGCAUGAUCGCUGCCAAGGUGCAUUAAUGGAGUCACUUGAGGAAGCCUCCGCUAUUACGUCUCGGGCUGUUACAUACCGAGGCGCGCCACAAAAUUACUAAUCACCCUUUAGCUGCCCAAUGUUUCCCUCCUAUUUCAUCCACGUAUCUGGUACCGCGCAGCCGUUUUUAAAUGCUGUUUAUUUGACAUAGUCAAUGAAUCCUGUGCGUGCACAUUUAUUUCCUUGUCAACGCUACUCGCGCGGAAAUAAAGGUUUUGUUUUUUGACGGAAUCGACGCAAAGACGCCAAGUGCCACCGUAAAAUAAUGGAUGUUUAUUUUUUACGUCUUGGUAAGCUUAUGAAUCUACAUGCUAUAUCAGGCGUCGUUUGUGAUCGUAGCAUUGCUGACUAAUCCCUUCAUCGUCAUACAGACAGUUACUGGACAUCUGUGAAAAAGAGCAUCGUAGCUCAUCGGAAUCCUCUUCCGGUCUCAAUGAAGAUUCGGAUUCUGAGCGAAAGCAGCGCACGUGUAAAGCAGCGCUAAGCGCAAGCGGCCUAUUACAAUGGGUCCCGCAGUGCAGUGAAUGGACUUCAGGGUCACAAUUCACGGGGUUGUUCGUGCUCACACAACAGGAUGGGUCGGCUGAACGGCAUAUGCACAUUUUCUUUUUGUUAAGCACGGGCUAUUGUUCGCUCGAGGCGAAUGGCCAGAGCUCAGGUAUUAACUUGUGGACAUUUGCUGGGCGCGCUAACAGAGGAGAGGCUUUGUGAGCGAUGAGACCAGCGGGGAGCCUUGCCGGAGGGAGUGGCAGGUCCGCCUUCCAGCUGGCACAGCUCCCUCGAGCGGCGAGCAGUGAUCGAGUCACCCCCUCCAGACUCGCGACGAAGGGGCGACGCGGGCGACGCGGGCGACACGGGUGACACAGGCAACACGGGUUACGCGGACGACGCGGACGACGCGGGCGACGCCAUUGACAUGGGCGAUGCAGACACCAUCCGCCGUGCUGCCUUUACGAAGACUGUAACCAGUGCCACUUGUGGACGAUGCCACGACAGGUAAGUUCCAUGGAGAAUCCAAGUCCCUUGUUGAGCCCUCGCGAGGCCAUCUGAGCAACGCCGAGAGAGCGACCUCUGACCUCGCUCGUGGAGUCGCCGCUGCCGCUGCUGCUGCUGCUGCCGGCUGCCAACAUGGACAUCAACUCGGCCGGCAUGUCCAGGAUCGAUGUGCAGGAGAACAGCAAGCCGACCGUCAACUGCAACGGGAACACCGCCGGCAUGCAAGAUUACAUGCAUCCGUCUUCGCUGCAGUGUCGGCUGGUGCAGCAGCAGCAGCAGCAGCAGCAUCAUCACCAUCAGCACUCGCUCCCCGACAUCCCAGCCAGUCCCCCCGAAGAUGUCGACUCGUCGCCAGGCCCCGCGAGCCAAGACUUCGGGGGGAUGCCGACGGGGCUGCCACACUUCCCCGACUACUCGGCCGUUAUGUCGGCCGAUAGCUUCCUUAGAAAUCAUAAUCCAAAAGACCCUGUCUCUCUGGAGCAGCAGAUAGCGGGCUCGCUGAAACCGAGAGAAGAGCUGGAAGAUGAUGAACUACCCUUUGGCUGGGAGAAGGUCGAUGACCCAGAAUAUGGCGUGUAUUAUGUAGAUCACAUCAACAGAAAAACUCAGUUUGAAAAUCCUGUGGCUGAAGAAAAGAAUACCAAAUUGCAGCAGUUGCAAGAUAGUGUAUCCAAAGCUUUAAACUCGUACACACCUGAGGCUUACCCGUCUUUCGAGUGCCAAGCGGAGGGAUAUUUGUUGCACAAUUCUUUUCCGUGCGGGGGUGCCCACCAGCAAGCGGAGUCCAAGCCAAGGCCCUCGGGGAAGGCGUUUUUCACGCGGAACCCGGCCGAGCUGCAGGGCACCUUCGUGUCGACGUCGCUGCUCAAGAGCGGCCGCGGCUUCGGCUUCACGAUCAUCGGCGGGGACGAGCCCGACGAGUUCCUGCAGGUCAAGAGCCUCGUGCCGGACGGACCAGCGGCCGUCGACAGCAAGAUCGAGACCGGCGACGUGAUCGUCUCGGUGAACAGCACCUGCGUGCUGGGCUACACACAUGCGGAGGUGGUGAAGAUCUUCCAGGCCAUCCCCAUCGGCCAGCAGGUCGGCCUGCAGCUGUGCCGCGGCUACCCGCUGCCCUUCGACCCCGACGACCCCUCGACGACCCUCGUCACGUCGGUGGCCAUCUGCGACAAGGAGCCCGUCGUGCUGGAGGGGAAGGGCACCGGCAGCGUCGUCUGCGGCGGCGGCGGCGGCGGCGGCGGCCUCGGCCUCACCGACGGCGCCAACAACGGCAACCACCACGCGUCGCAGACGUCCACGUCGGGAGUGAGCUCGCAGGACAGCACGCGCGACAACUGCUCGCUCACGCUGGGGCCACUGGACGGGAUGCUGGGCCAGUCGGCGGCCUCCUUGGGGGCGGUUCCCGGUGCCCAGGGGCAGCUCCAAGGGCCGCUGCUGCACUCGGACAAUGUGUCGCUGGCGUCCUCCAUCGCCACACAGCCCGAGCUCAUGACCGUGCACAUAGUGAAGGGCCUGCUGGGCUUUGGCUUCACCAUCACGGACACGCCGGCGGGCCAGCGCGUCAAGCAGAUCCUGGAUGGCCCUCGCUGCCGAGGCCUCCGGGAGGGGGACAUCAUCGCCGAGAUCAACAAGCAGAACGUGCGGCCGCUGUCGCACACGCACGUCGUGGAGCUGCUCAAGGAGUGCCCCACGGGCAGCGAGACCAUCGUCACGAUCCACCGCGAGGGAUACUACUCUCCGAGAACAUCUAAUCAGGUGCCGGAGAGGCAAAAGAACCCGUCGUGUCCCCAGUACGGCCUGCCCCCACUGAGGAUAGCGCCGCCCACUGUCCCGCCCAUGGCCCCACCCCUCGGCCUCGUGAAGCCCCCCGCCUCGCCCUCGCAUUCGGACGGGCAGGAGCGCCGGGGGGCCCUGGACCCGCAGCACUACGAGGAGGCGGCGGCGGUGACCUACGACUUCCGAUCUCCCGAGUACGAAGAGAUGGACGUCCUGCUGCAGAGGCAGGAGUCUGGCUUUGGAUUCCGCAUCCUCGGUGGUGACGACCCAGGAGAGCCGAUCUACAUUGGCGCCAUCGUGCCGCUGGGGGCGGCCGACACGGACGGGAGACUCCGCCCGGGGGAUGAGCUGGUGUCCGUGGACGGAACCAUCGUGGCGGGGAAGUCGCACCGGCACGUCAUCGCUCUGAUGCAGCACGCCGCCCGCAACGGGCAUGUGCAGCUCAUGGUCCGCCGGCCCGUCAUCCCCACGAUUGGCGGCGAGGCGCACGGCGGCUUCUGCAGCUCCUCGUCGUCCGCGUCGCAGCACAACUCCCCGCGCAUCGAGCAGGCGGCCGCCUUCAUGCGCAAGCUCAAGUUCGGCGGCGGCGGCGGCGGCGGCGGCAGCAUCGGCGGCAGCAUCGGCGGCAGCAUCGGCGGCCCGCCGCCUCUCUGCGCCGCACCGCCGCCUCUGCCCCCUCUGCCGCCGGCGCUGCCCCCGCCGCCGCUGCCCGUGCUGGACCCGUACCUGCGGCGGGCGUUCGGAGCGGGGAUGGCGUCGGCGUCGUCGGCGCUUCCGCUCCUGAGCAGCGGGGCCCCGGGCUCGGCGCCGUGCCUGUCCACGUCGAGCGGCCGCGGCGGUAACGGCGGCAACGGCAACGGCGGCGGCGGCGGCGUCGGCGGCGACGGCGUCGGCUGCUUCCCGGAGACGUUCGCCCCGCUCGCGGCUCGUCUGGCGUACGACGGCUGCGGGGCGGCGAGGGCGGCCGGCGUGAACCCGGCGUCGGAGCCGUGCCUGCUGCACCCGAGCAUGCAGGAGUUCGAGCGCGGCGGCCGGGCGGUGGCGGGCGCGGCGCCGGAAGGGGCGCCGGGAGGAGCGGGCGACGGCGCCAGGACGCUGCCGGAGGCGGGCGCGGGCAACGGGGAGGCGCGGGCGAGCGUGGCGACGGCCGCGGCCGUGGCGGCGGCGGCCGUCAUCUCGACGGAGGGGUUCCCGUCGUCGGUCGGGAGGCUCACGUACGACGUGACCAUCCAGAGGAACGACAACGAGGGCUUCGGAUUCGUCAUCGUGUCGUCGCUCAGCCGGCCCGAGGCAGGCACCAUCGUGGGGAUGCCUCACCUGGUAGGUCGCAUCAUCGCGGCCAGCCCCGCCGACCGGUGCGGCCGAUUGCGCGUGGGCGACCGUAUCCUGUCAGUGAACGGGCAGCCCAUCCAGGGCCUGUCGCACGCCGACAUCAUCAACCUCAUCAAGGACUCAGGGACCAGCGUGACGCUCUGCAUCUCGUCGCCGGACGAAUCGCAAAAGCUGCCGUCGCUUGUGAACGCGGAGAAGAAUGCCACCGUUGCGCCCAACAACCAAACGACUGCCCAAGAGGGAAGUUUGUUUGACAGAUUUGAAGUUCGGGGAAGGCAGGACAUCAAGCCCGACAUGAACCCUGGACAGGAGGCAGAGUACUACUCUGUAGACCUGGAAAAGGGCCUCAAGGGAUUCGGGUUCAGCCUGCGCGGUGGCCACGAGUACAACAUGGAUCUCUUUAUCCUGAGGUUGGCUGAGGACGGCCCGGCCAUACGCACCGGCAAGCUGAGGGUCGGCGACCAGAUCAUCGAGAUCGACGGGGAGAGCACCAAGGACAUGACGCACGCCCGCGCCAUCGAGCUCAUCAAGAACAGCAGCGGCCGCGUGCAUCUCUUUCUCAAGCGGGGCACGGGCCUUGUGCCUGACUACGGUGGGGACGGCGAUGUCUGGCGAAGUCCCACCACCGGGGCUCCCUACGCGUCCGUACCCGAAGUGAAUUCAGCGAUGCGCUAAAAGGGGGAUCGGGGGGGGGGGGGGGAACGAGCGGCAGACGCCUCGGCCGACAGUGACAGCGCAACCGCCCCUCCUCCUCCUCCUCCUCCUCCGACGACGACGAUGACGACACCACGACACCUCCGCCAGCAGGGCCCGAUACAACAAGGCCCGAAAGAGUUUUUGACAUCUGCGUCUAUCGUUCGAGCUUGCCCUAGAGUAGGAGGAAAAGAGAAGGAACAAGAUGAAAACAGUAUAUAUUGUACAAAUAAAAGCAAAGUAAUUUAUUGGUACAACAGGAUUGUUUCAGGGAAGUCAGCUUCGGAGCCGAUUUACGGUUUGCACAGACGUAUCAGAAGAAUCGUGAUUUGCCGGAAAUUGACCCGAUUACCGUUGUCUGUUCACUGGCAAAAAAAGUGUACGAGAACAAUCCGUCGAGAUACACAGUGGAGAGAGAUUUACGUAGAGGGGUGCGCAAAUAUAUAUUUUUUCUUUCCACUUUUCCCUUGGGGCAAGAUGGACCGGGGGGGGCAACGUACAUCACCGUCAAAAAACCGAGGGACGAGGAGAAAACAAAAACGACACAAAGACUCCCGAACGAAGAUGCUUUCACGUCUUCGUUUUAAAGACGAGACUUUUUUUCAGUAGCCCGAGCUAAUCUUUUACGUUCUUUUACCUUACCAGUGCCUAUGGCAGAGGGGACAACACAACGAGAACUUGAAUGAAACAAACUAUAGAGGUCAACUCACUAUACUGUCAAGUAAACAUUGCCGUUAUAUCUGGGUCGUCAGCUGGAAUGCAUAUCCCCCAUCUUCAAGUGUGACUAUUGAACACCAGUAGCUGAUAAUAAUAAAAACCCCACAUUUCCUUGAUCUAAUAGGGGUUAAACAUUGUCACAACUGGGUCUCUCCAUUUGAAGGCUACAGUUUCUCAAAAAAAAUCUGGUUUCUCACCUGACCUUCGGUAUUUUCAAAAUGUAAACACGUGCGAGGUUGUGUUUCCAGCGCACCGUGGAGAAUGAGUUGCGUAGACGUGGAAAAAAAGCAUUAAAAUGUAUUAAAGUCGGUUAGGUCCAUAAUUGUGACCAUAUUUAGCAUGUGGUACACAUUACUGGCAGGGCGAGGGGGUGGGGAAAAGUUGUAUAUUUUUUAAUCCUUCAACAUCUCACUUUGAACAUCGAUGAGCACAUCAGUGUUUUUUUUUUAGGAGGCAUGGAAAAACCUGCUGCUGAAUUAAUAUUCACAUCUAAUCUCUUCUGAUAGUAUUGGACAUUUCACCUUUUGGGGAUGGGUCAUUGUCAUAAUGGUUAAGCCAGCGUUACUAAAAAAAAACAUUAAAUGUAAAUAGCAAAUGCCUUUCGUUUGGUACGUUUACCACAAGCGAUGUGAUCAUAUUAAUUACCUAUGGGAUUAUUUUUCAUGUUGUUUCCACGAGGAACAAAUGAUCCGAUGGAAAAUAUUCGAAAGCGAGGUCACAAUUUGUGCACACUUUUUGGAGUCUGUUUAUGUUUGGUUUAUUAUUUUUUUGCACCGAAAAACCAGGGUUAAACGUGGGUUUCUUUUGACGUGACCGCAGUUACCAACACCUCAUUAUUGUUUGUGAGCUUUGGUUAAUUGCAAUAUGUCCGAGCGAGCUUGGCUAUCGUUAAGAAACUGUUUUGUCAUACGUUGGAUAACCCUUCCUAUUUCAUUUCACAGUGGGCUUAGCAUUGUGGAGCUGCACAUAUUAUCGUCCAUUGUUUACCAAUAGGCCAAGACCAUUAACAAAUCAUUCGAAUCACUGAAAAUACGUGAAGCAUUUUGUUCACUCGUGUAGUCGUGGACGUAGCAGACACUUGACAUUCUUAACCGGAUUAAAAUGUGCAAACAGUUAUUUUGUGUAAUAAAAAUGUACAAACUUUU